AUGCCGUUGUUUUCCAGCAUCUCGGAGUCGAUGACGAGCGCAGUCAAAUCCCGUUUUGGUUACCACCCACAUCAGCAGCCGGACGCCGCGGAGAUAGCUCCGGCGCCGGAGAAGAGCUUCGGAUCUCCCGAUAUGCUUUUGAAAUCAUCUUCGAGAGAAAAUUUUCUGUUGCCGUCUGCUUCUUGCAAAGACAAGUCAUCUAAACCUGAUGACUGUGAAGCCACACAGUACGCCGGGGGCCGCAGUUUUGAGUUCCAAGAGGAUCCAAACUUUUGGAAAGAGCACAACGUUCAGGUUAUUAUUAGAUUGCGUCCCUUGAGUAGCUCUGAGAUGUCCGUUCAAGGCAAUAAUAGAUGUGUCAGGCAAGAUAGUUCUCAGACAAUUACUUGGACAGGGCAUCCCGAAUCCCGGUUUACAUUUGAUCUCGUGGCUGACGAAACUGUUAGCCAGGAAAUGCUAUUCAAGGUAGCUGGAGUGUCACUGGUAGAGAAUUGCAUGGAAGGAUACAACAGCUGUAUGUUUGCUUAUGGUCAAACUGGAAGUGGCAAAACCCACACAAUGCUUGGAGAUAUUGAGGGAGGUACUCGGAGACACAGUGUUAACUGUGGCAUGACGCCUAGAGUCUUUGAGUACUUGUUCUCCAGAAUCCAAAAGGACAAAGAUGCCCGGCGGGAGGAAAAGUUAAAAUUUACUUGUAAAUGUUCUUUCCUUGAAAUCUACAAUGAACAAAUUCUAGAUCUCUUGGAUCCUUCAUCUUCCAAUUUGCAGAUAAGAGAAGACAAUAAGAAAGGUAUUUAUGUCGAAAAUAUCACUGAGAUAGAAGUCAAUAGUGCUCGAGAUGUGAUCCAGCAGCUAAUUCAGGGUGCAGCCAACAGAAAGGUUGCUGCAACUAACAUGAACCGUGCAAGUAGUCGCUCUCAUAGUGUGUUCACUUGCAUAAUAGAGAGUAAGUGGGAAUCCCAGGGGGUAACUCAUCAUCGGUUUGCUCGACUUAAUCUCGUGGAUUUAGCAGGAUCUGAAAGGCAAAAGAGCUCCGGCGCAGAAGGUGAACGUUUGAAAGAAGCUACGAACAUCAACAAAUCUCUUUCUACUUUAGGGCUUGUUAUAAUGAACCUUGUUAGCAUAUCCAAUGGCAAGUCAAUACAUGUCCCUUACAGGGAUUCCAAGCUCACUUUUCUGCUUCAGGAUUCACUGGGAGGAAAUGCCAAAACAAUUAUCAUUGCAAACAUUAGUCCUUCUUCCUGCUGUUCGCUUGAGACACUAAGCACAUUAAAGUUCGCACAACGUGCCAAAUUUAUUAAAAAUCAUGCGAUUGUCAAUGAAGACGCUUCUGGAGACGUGCUUGCUUUGAGGCUUGAGAACCAGAACCUCAAGUUGCUAGAAGCUCUUGAUUGGAAACUCAUGCAUGAAUCAGAUCCCACUAACAUUCAGGUUCUUACCCUUUUGUGCGAACUUAAAUCUGCUGAAGAUGAAUCUGCAUCACCAUGGCGGACAUCAACCAAUGAGGAGAAUGAAUUCCUACGUAUGCAGGCCAUUCAGAACCAGUCAGAGCUCGACUCACUUCGUAAAAGACUUGACUUCAUUAUUGGCGAGAAUGAAAAACUAGAAAGGUACUAG